AGCAGCGAGGACACUGGACACCUGCUGCUUGCUCCUGGAGCCUAUAAAUGGAGGUCCCAUCACCCAAACCUUGGAAGCCAGCAUCCAGCAAGCUCAACCAACACACAUCAACCUCAGCUCUAUCCUCCUCACCCUCUCCGGCAAAUCCGGUCCCACCAGAAAAGCACAAGAGCUAGCUAGCAUAUGCCUCCUUGGGGCGCCAUGGCCGCCGGCGCCGGCGCCGGGAACGGCGAGGUGAGCGUGGAGAAGGUGGACAGGAUCGGCUACGUGUACAACGCCGUGACCAGGCCUUCGGUUUACGGGAACCCGAGGCCGGCGACGGUGACGAAGAAGCUCGCCGCCGCCAACGUCGCCAUCUCCAGGAAGAACAGCGGCACGACGCUCAUACGCGGCGGCGUCGCCUCGCCCGAGGACAUCGAGGAGUACAUCGCCAAGAAGAAGUGGGAGUUCCUCCACGGCGUCUAGCUUAUUUCUAACCCUGAACCCUUAUCGGUGACUUGAUGAUGGAUUAAUUAGAGUGCUUUAAUUAAUCAAUUAGUUUAGUUUACGUAUGCGAGCUGCUUGCUCUACACUCUGAGUAGUGAGUAGUGUAUGUAAUUAUGUAUGAUAUGAAGUUUUUUACUUGCAUCAACUUGAUUACUUAGUGUGUAAGAGAAGGUUUCAAUUAAAGUUCUUGUUCUGUGUCUGAA